CUGUUACACCGUGUGGUAAUUUGUAGCGUAUCGCCGUACGUCGUCAAUAACUCGCUACGAACCCGGGGCGUGUUCUCAGCAACUCGUAAAAUUGAAAGAAACCGACCGGCUAACCUUGCUAAUAACAUCAAGGAGCAUUUGUGCCUCUCUCAGGUGUCAUAUUGAAGUGCUAUCGUCGCUUCAUCUAGUCACACCCCAGUUUAGUAGAUCGUGAAUUUGCGUUUCUGCCGUUAGACCUAUAUUCCGUCGCGUGGAGUGUUACAGGAGUUGGUGACUGAGCUAAUGUUGUGCAGUGUUGAAUUCAGUGCGAGAUCCCGCGUACAUUGAUGGGCGGCAUUUUGUUGUCGGAGAGGGCGGCAAAGCGGCCGCACGGGCGGGCACUUGCUUCCUGGAGGGUCUACAUUAAAAUCCGUCACACUGGAACUGAUGGAAUUGGAGAAUAUUGUCGCGAACACUGUCUACUUAAAAGCCAGAGAGGGCGGUUCCGAUAGCAACAAGGGCAAGAGCAAGAAGUGGCGCAAGAUCCUCCAGUUCCCACACAUAUCGCAAUGUUUAGAUAUAAAAACAAAAAUAGAUGUUGGCUACGAUUACGUGGUGGACCAGCAGCCGAUCGGCAAGCUGUUGUUCCGACAGUUUUGCGAGCGGACGCGGCCCCAGUAUCACAAGUACAAUGGAUUUCUCGAUGCCCUAUCGCGUGUACAGGUGGAGCGGUACGAGGUGGGUCUGGAGGAGACGCGCGUUGCGCUCGCCGCGGAGGUAUUCGGCAGAUACCUGAAGCCCGAGGGUGGCGAGGCCGUCACCGAUGUUGUGGUGCCCACAGUCGUCGAUGACGCCUGCUCAUUGCUUGAAGGCGGAUCUAAAGACAUAUUUGGGGAGUGCGUGCGCUGCGUGAAGAGUUUUCUCGCAGGUGCGCCGUUCGCGGAGUUCGAAAGAUCGAUGUACUUCCAUCGGUACCUGCAGUGGAAAUGGCUGGAAGCGCAGCCGGUCACUCAGCACACGUUCCGAAUGUACCGGGUGCUGGGUAAAGGCGGCUUCGGAGAGGUCUGUGCGUGCCAGGUGAGAGCAACAGGCAAGAUGUACGCUUGCAAGAAGCUAGAAAAGAAGAGAAUUAAGAAGCGUAAAGGAGAAGCGAUGGUGUUGAUAGAGAAGCAAAUCCUGCAGCGAAUAAACUCACGCUUCGUUGUCAAUUUGGCGUACGCUUACGAGACUAAAGAUGCCCUCUGUUUGGUACUCACUAUUAUGAACGGUGGAGACCUGAAGUUUCAUAUCUACAACAUGUGUGGCGCCGACACUGGCCUAGGUCUGGAGCGCGCGAGGUUCUACGCAGCGCAGGUUGCCUGUGGUCUAGAACAUUUACACAAGAUGGGCAUUGUCUACAGAGAUUGCAAGCCGGAGAACAUUCUGCUGGACGAUGCGGGACAUGUUCGCAUCUCCGACCUCGGCCUGGCCGUUGAUGUGCCCGAGGGCGGCACUGUGCGCGGCCGCGUCGGUACCGUCGGCUACAUGGCGCCUGAGGUGAUAGACAACGAGCGGUACACUUUCAGUCCGGAUUGGUUCUCAUUUGGAUGUCUCGUGUACGAGAUGAUUGAAGGUCGAGCUCCAUUCCGUGCUCGGAAGGAGAAGGUGAAGAGAGAAGAGGUUGAUAGGAGGGUUAAGCACGAACAAGAGAAGUACUCGAGCAAGUUCAGUGAGUGCGCACGAGCAUUGUGCAGCGCACUUCUGGCUAAGAGCUGCGCAGCUCGUUUGGGAGGUGCGGGGAGACGAGGAGCUGAUACUGUCAAAGCACAUCGCUUCUUCCAGAGGCUCAACUGGCCCAGGCUAGAAGCUGGAUUAUUGGAAGCACCUUUUGUACCUGAUCCGCACGCGGUGUACGCAAAAGACGUAUUGGACAUCGAACAGUUCUCUACUGUGAAGGGAGUGAACUUGGACGCGGCAGAUGACACGUUCUAUGGCAAAUUUAACACGGGAAGUGUCAGCAUUCCCUGGCAGUGUGAGAUGAUAGAGACUGGGUGCUUCAAUGAGCUCAAUGUAUUCGCUAGAGGUGAAGACAACAAGGAGUGCCGUACUCCAGAUCUGCAGCUGACUCCCGCAGUCAGCCCGCCGGAGGAAGACUCAGGCUGCUUCAUGUUCGCACGACGGACGCUAUGCCCCCAGAAGAAGAUACCUCCCCGACUACGUCCGAUACCUGUGCCGGAGCAUCUCCUCAACAACUCAACACAGACGCAUGCGCACGCGCACGCGAACAGCUGAUAGCGCACGCGCACGUAACAACUCCACCUACAACUUCCUCCACUGUACCUAUACACUAUAACAAAUUAAUACUGAAACUUUGUAAACUACUGAAGCUAAUUGUAAUCAAAUCUUCACUAAGGGACACCCUUAAGGGAGAACGCAUAGGUAGCAAAAAUAUCUUCUUUCCGUGCGGUAUCUCUUAUGUCUAACAGCAAUCGUUUCGCUAUUUUGGCGAAUUAAGGCCGUAUACAAUUUUCUCAUAUUAAUUAAACACUAAGGGAUAUUUAACAACUGUUAAUAAGGAAGUUGGUAGUUAAUUUUCCUAAAAAAAAAUUGGGGGUACCACUUAUGGUGUUAGGACCCCCAAAUAAUUAGACCUCAAAUUUAAAACAUAAAACCUGUUUACAAAGUUUUAGUGUCAUAUGAGAACUGUUUGG